AAAAAUUUAAAAAAGGAAGCAGAAGAGACCAAAAAAAAGUUAAAAAAGACCAGAUCAUUAUGGGAACGCAGUCAAGCCAAUCCCGUACUUUGGCCAUCCAAUCUCCUGUGGGCCCAGGGGACAAAGCAGGUGGAGAAGGACAGGCUGCCAAGUAGACCAGCCAAUGUGAUGGACAGACAAAGGAUAGGCUGCAUUCCCUUCCUCUCCACUUAUCUGCAGGUAACCUCCCUGGCCUCUGCAAGAGUUCUUCUUGCUGGAACGUUAAAGAGAAAUGUGAAUAAGAGGCAAAAAAAAUACAUGUACAACUUCAGAAGACAUGAAACAGCAUGGACAUUUUAAAGAAUAUUUGAUGCUGCAUAUAUUUAUUUUUAUAUAAGAUUUUAAAGGGAAGUUUAAGACAAGUUUUCUCACAGAUAUCUAUACUAUACCUUGAAUUGGGAAAAUGGUAAUCCAUCUUUUCUUGAGGACAAUCUUAUUUGCAAAGGAAGUCCUUGGUGUACAGAUGAGCUGAGCAGCUAAAUGCAAUACUGUAUAGAGACUGCUACAUCUACAGUAUUUUCUGGGAUGAAAGUGAAACGUAGUCAGUCAAUCGUAUAGAUCUCUCACUGUUACACUGAAUAUAUAGUGAUGGAGCGAUCGCUUUCCUUGUUGACACACUAACACAAGAGAUUCUCCACAACAGCAACCUGCCUUCACAGUGUGUGGAUGUUGUGGGAGCGACAGAGGCUGGAGAAAUGGUGAGCAAAGAGCCUGACCACUUGCUCACAGGCCAGACCAAUGGCAAGAGCAGCUUGGCAGACAAGUUACCUGGGACAAUGACCGUGCGCUCUGUGCUUCUCAAUCGAGACUCCCCCGAUAUCGAAAGUCGCCUCAAGCGGCGCCGCAACCGCACCCACCAGGUCCGCUUCAAAGACCUGGAGGAUGGUAGCAGCAGCAGUGGCAAUAGUGGAACAGGGGAAAACAAUAGCCAUCAGAAGCCUGUCAAAGACUGUGACAGUCCACAUCCUCUUCGCAAACACAGCAGCAGGUCCCCCCUGCCAUGGACUGACAGGGACAGGCCACAGACCAAGGAUCUACCUGGCCAAACCUCUGUGGUUGGGGCUGUGCGUGGUGACAUGGCGAGCACUAUAGAGGUGGUGGCUGCCUUUUUAGCUCGAGCGCCUCCUCAUCCAUUGACACCUGGUCCUACACGUCGAACCUGGGCACCACCGCAGGCUAACUCCCUAACCUUGCCAAUGACACGCAGGCCGAGUACAAGCACCAGCACAGCCAUUCAGACCUCCCCAUGCCUGAAAAAGCCCCAAUCUCUCCCUUCCUCCCACACUCGUAGCCACAGCCUUGGGGACUCAGUUGGGGUGGAUGGGGAUGACGAACAUGACUCUCAAGACGAGUUCCUUACUCACAACCAUGUGUUGUUACCUGCGUCCAAAGAUCAGAACGGCCCUCCUGGCCCAGGGGAGCGAACUGUGGUGGAACGAAGGUCUAAAGUAUCAAGGACCGAAAUUAAGUCUGCUGUAAAACCCUCAAGGCACAGCUGCCCCCCUUUAGUCCUUCAAAAUGCUGAGCCAUACCACUGUUCCUCUGUAUCCUGCCGAGAUGGCCCCAAACGUCAGGGAAGCAGUACUCCCUCAGCGAUCAGGAGGAGAAAGCGUCUAAAUAGGACAACGAGUGAUCCUGGAAAGGAAGUGCACUACUGCACCACUCCCACACAGACUGAAAGUCCCCGUCCAUCCCCAUCCCCUUCAAAUACCAAACUCUGUACCACUCAAGUUCAGACUGAGAGCCCACCCCCUCCUUUAAGUUCAAGGUACAGCACCGCCCAGAGUCAAACUGAAAAUCACCAUUCUCCACCUUCAAGUGAGGAACAAUGCACAACCCAAAUUCAGACCACCAGUACCAAUCCAACCCUACCUCUGAAUGCUCAACAGUGUACCGCUCAAAUACAAACAAGCUCUCCCAGUCACUCUUCUCCUGAUCGUAAACUUUCCACUACACAGACACAAACUAAAAGCCCGUUUGCUUCCCCACCUUUAAUACCAUCACCCAGCUCAGUGCAAAUUCUGUGCAAGCCUAUAUCCCCAACAGUGACUCCAGACCCUCCUACUACCCAAACAACUACUGUGCCUUAUUGUACAUCUCCCCCACCUACAAGUGCACCAAUACAAACUCCUGAGCACUGCACAAAGCUACCUUGUACUUCUCCAGCCAAGUUAGCUUCCACAACCCCACCUCCUCCCAAAGCACUUUCCAUUCCUUGCGCCACUUCUGUACCUACUGUUACCCAACUCCCAGUCCCCUAUUACACUGUUGUGUCCCCACCAACAACACCCAGCACAGCCGCAGUCUGCUCCAGUGCUUCUUCAGCUGCAUCGCCAUGCCCCACCCAAAACUGCACCCCCUUUAUGUCAAACGUGGUGUCAUCCCCUCAGUUAACCCGCUCCACCUCUACCCCAACUAUAACACCCAUUGUAACUCCUGCUGAUCCCACCAAACAGCCAACCCCUGCCCCAAAUGUAAUACAUCAACCACCAUCAGCAGCAUCAAAUGCUACACCUUCAUCAAAUGUAACUCCCUGUACAUUUGUUACUCAAACUGCCAUAUCUUGCACAUCCAUAUCAUAUUACACAACUACACAUGCAGUUGGUCCCCAUGCACCUCACUUGAACCCAACUGCACCUUCUUAUGCCACAGUUAUUCAAACUGUCUCUCAUUGCAACAUCCCAUGUCAAACUUUGCAAAAUACCUCUUCUGCUUGCACAGGCAUAACCCCUUAUUCCUCCCCCGUCCCAAAACUGAAAUCUUGCACUUCUCCGCCUCCGCUUGUGAAAACCUAUGCGUCCACUCUUGCAAAUGUUCAACAAUGUGCAACACCAACUAAAGCCAUUCCUCUGUACUCUUCCACAUUUCGUGCUGCACCACCAUACACCCCCCCUUCUCAGACCCCGUACAAUGCUCAGGAUAAGAGGGGCAUUCGACUUCCACCUCCUCCUCCACCGCCACCACCAUAUACACCACGAAAAAAGGGAAAUGAUCCGCCAGGUCCUGCAGUCCGAACACCCAUGCUCAGGGCAGACAGCAAGGUCAGCAACAAAGAUAAAGAUAGAGAGAAGGAAAAAAAGGAGGAUAUAAAAGACUCACCAAAGCUCUGUGAGAGAGCCAGCUCUCUGAAGCACAGAGCUCAAACUCCGCCAGUUGCUGUGAUGAAGGGAGAGAAGCAGUCCUCCUCCUCCUCCUCCUCUCCUGCCAAGGCCUGUUUUAAGCCCAGCUGUCUUAGCUCAGCCCAGGCUCAGCUUGGGGCCCUACACAAAAUGCUCUGCUCAGGAGCCAACGUCAGGCCGAACACCCCCAACAGCCAACACGCUCUCCCUCCAAAUCAGCAGGGAUGCUCUGGAUCCAGGGGCUGCUCUGCUUCUGGGGGGCGGCCUACAGCUGGGCCCCUGACUGCCACCCAGGCUGAUACUCUGAGACAGGUCCAGGAAAUUCUGGGAGGGUUGGUGUCUGGGGCCAGGUGUAAAUUGGACCCAUCCAGGGUUACAGAAAAGCUCUUGAGUCCCAAUGGCCCCCUGCAUGAUAUUCGUAGCUUGCAGACUCAACUUCACAGCCUGGAGGGGGUCCUGGAGACCAGCCAGAACACCAUUAAGGUCCUGCUGGAUGUCAUUCAAGACCUUGAGAAGAAGGAAGCUGAGAGAGAUGGAAGACAUUCCUACAGAACCGGACAGGACAUCGAGAACUGUGGGACCUGCAGGGACUGCGCGUGCAUCAUCUACAGUGUAGAGCAUGACUUUCGUCUGCAGGAAGGGCAGGUUGUACGCACGUGGAAGGUGGGCGACCCUCCAGAAGGCUCGCCACAGACACCCACACCCCAGCCCACGACACCUCACCAACAGGACUCCCCACAACCAGUGCGACCCCCUGCCACCACCAAGAAGAACCGGAAGAAGUGCUUCUGGUUCCUCUGAACACCGAGAGGAUGGAGACAUUUUUAUACUAUAAUGCACUGAGUAACGAUCUUAAAAAAAAAAAAAAAAA